CAUUACAUACAUUUUUGUGCCGUAGGAUAACAGUUAUGUUGAUGUAUAUAAGUUUCAUGUAACCUGUCUACAGUGAAGUAUACACAUCUUCCGUGGUACUAGACUCGUCGCUGUGUUCUCUGUGUGUCAUAUUAAAUUGUGUACAGUUGUUAAGUAGUUGUACAUUACUAUUGUAUCUUAUUCAAACCGUUGUUAUGUUUUUUGUCUAUCCGCUUUAUGGCCCGUCCCAUGAUGCAAUCGAUGGCAAACGUUGAAGGCUAUUCCCGGCUUUCCUUUCUGCAUACAUCAACAAUAGGACUUGGAUUCAGGUUUGAGGAGUAUCCUUCGUAGAGAGGAAUGGCAUUGUUACUUAACUGGGUAAUACGAGCGCUAAGUUGUAUCAUAUGGAUAAUGUCCUAUGAGCUACUGAAGAACGUUGCUUUGGUAUAACAAUAGAGAGGAACUAUCCCGUAUAGUACUGCAGGGUUACAAUUCGUUACGUUAGCUCAUACAUGGGUAUAUACAGUGACCCGGGGCGGAUGUAGUAUCUCACGUGUACCACUACUGUUGUCUGGGUAUAGAGCUUGUGAACCAUGAUGGCUCAGGAAAGGUCUGAGUUUAUACCUUGGCGUAAGGUUUCUUACGUUUUGUGUCUGCUUCUUUUUAUUCUCCAACAGGUGGGCCUCAUGCACUACAUGUACAAGAGCCAAUCAUGGUGCCUAUAUUUGACAAUACUGGAUGCCGUCUGUUUUUUUAACUGGGUGUUCUACACCGUACCAAAGAUGAUCGGCAUUCGUGGUGCCAACUGCUGGAUCAUGUACAGCCGUAUGAUGACCGUGAAAAUACUGGUACUAUAUUAUAUUGUGUUCCCUGUUUACAUAACCAAGCCUGGCAUUCUAAUAGGUGCUUCCUGCGGAGCUUCUACGGAGAUACUUCUCCUGCUGCUAUUAAUGCCAACCCUGUAUGUGUUAAUGUCAUUUCGUGCGGGAUGCCACCUUUACGGUGGUCUCAACUGUAUAUCUUCAGAACGUUUGAUGCACACUGACAUGGUAAUCCAUGUAUCACUUGAUCUUUUGGAUGUUAUUGACAUGUGCCACAUUUACCUCAAGAUACCUACUGCCUUCUACCACAAUGACUAUAUUAUGGAGGCCUUCUGUGGUGUGGUGAUUGCAAUAACUGUUUUUCUCCAUUCCUACAGCUUCCCUAGGAUGAGCAACAGCUCGAAGUCCAAGGGCGAUGUCGGUUUCAAGGGUGACUCUUACAGUGCGAGUGAUAUUUACUACUGUCGCAAGUACGCAGCCAUAGUCGGUAUAUUCUUCGUUGACAUACCGUUUGGCAUAUUCCGCACAGUUGCUUGGCUCAUGCUUGCUAAGCACGCUGUUUUCACACCCUUCCUCCUGAAGAACGUAUGCUUCAUCAUGAUACAGAGUAGUCGCAUACGGCACUGCUCAAUCGGUAUCAGUACUUUGGAUUACUCCAAGACCCUUGGCAACCAGGAUGCUGAGAAGCAGAUUGGAGUAACUGGCGACGGCAUCACUGAAGAGGAGCGUCCGUCAGUCCUUGAUGACGACACUGAUACCUACAAAAGCGAGCAGCGGCGGUCCUUCCUAAGGUUUAAUGCCGAUGCGGUCUCGCCGCUUUACGAAACACCUACAAACUCAGAUCGCAAACGCACCCUUCGCGGUACUCAGGACCUUGCCGGUGGUAUCACACGCAUCACUAUUCCAUAUGGAUUCCGUGUAAGCGCGGUAACUUUAAAGCGCCUGAUGCAGAAGAUACUGCUCACCAUGCGUGUCGGCAGCAAGUGUGAGAUGGCUCAUCUGCUUGACUCUACAUUGAAGCUUUCUUUGUGGCAAAAUGCCAUGGUAGCCAUACCUCACAUCGUUGUAUGGGCCGUUGAGGUUACCAUAGUGAUUCUAUUCUACAGGUUAAGUCCUUCCGAGGUCAAUUCGUACAUUGGUUUGUUUGACUUCCGGUCGUUAUCGCACGUCUCCUAUACUAACCUGCCGCUAUGCCUCCAAGUGGCACCGGGUCUAAUUAUCGCCGCCAGUAUGGUUAACUUCGUAUGCUGGUCCCUACUGGGUCCAGUAACUGGCGCCAUAUUGGUAUCAUUCCAGGUACUGGUUAACUUGGUAUCGUUCUCAUUCGUUCUGCUAUCGCUAUCUGAGUUUGUGCCCGCGCUGCAUAUACUAAGCUUUAUCGCCGAACACACCAUGGGCACUCCGCGCGACUACUUGUUCUUCCUCCUGGGAGCAAGACCUUUUAUGAACUUGUUAAGCGGGCUUUAUCCAUUUCUAUGUCUAACGCUGGGCAAGAGCUACAUAUUCUACAUCAACCCUUCGCUCGUUAGUUCGGACGGCGCCGAUAUACUCAGUGACUCCGUUAAACUAAUUAACGGGGCUUUCACUGUUAACGACGACGCUUCUGGCAAGGAUGAAUCAUGUGCCAUAUCCUUGGCAUCGCUACUUCUGCUGACCAAUGCUAUAAUGAUGCUGGUACCACCGUCAGUGCACUCACUGCUGGUGGGCCCUAAUAUUAUCAAGGCAAUAAGGCUCGACCGUGCUAUUGAAAGCAGCCACAAGAACACCCUGAUACGGACGUUCAUGAUCAGGGCUUACUGCGUCCUUAUGAUGGUGUGCAACCACAGGUACGGCUACUCCUUUGCUAUCACGUUCUAUGUGCUUAACAUACUGCUCAUGGCCAACUACAUGCUAUGCUCACUUGCAGUACGACGUGCAAACAUCGAGGCUGUGAAUAAGCAGGCACUGUUCGUAGACAUCCUGCGAGAAACACGCUCGCAGAGACUCAAGUACAAUAAGCUGUCAGCCUACGAACAGGCUAACACAAGCACCACGCCAUUGGGUCCGGGACACUGGAUAUUCAAAAAGUACCAGAGAAACAUCACAUUCCUCUAAUUUCUCUUAUGCUUAGGUUG